AGGUCCAUAUAGAGCGCGUGUUCUCACGUCCCUCGUUCUUCAUUACACUCACUCACUCACUGUCGUAGAAUUUGUCGGUCCAGUUCAAAAAGAUAAAGAUAGCAAAUCUUUAGAAAGAACCAAAACCCUAGUCAGUUCAUCGUCUUCUUCGAUUCGAUUCACCUUUUCCGAUGAGUUUUCCGAUGAGGAAAGAAACCCAACAAGCAACUAAUACUCUCGCCGUCGGCAAACAACUCCGAUUCCUCUGUUUCGAUUCCAUUUCAAAACCACUAGUUGCCACAUUACUAUCUCUUACUCUAGUCAUGCUCAUUUGGAAUCUACAGCCUUACUAUGAGAACAUAAUCCCAUCAUCUCGCCCAACCAAAACCGCAUCCAUGGCAGAGAAGCUCGUCAGUUCAACUACUGAAAUCGUCGACCCAAAUCCAAAUAAACGCACUUUCACAUCAUACGGAAACGCCGCCGCUCUAUUCGUGCAAAUGGGUGCUUACCGCGGUGGUCCGACGACAUUCGCCGUUGUCGGACUAUCUUCGAAGCCUAUUCACGUAUUUGGAAAGCCCUGGUACAAAUGCGAAUGGAUCUCAAACAAUGGGUCGUGUUCUAUCAAAUCCAAAGCUUAUAAAAUUCUUCCAGAUUGGGGAUACGGCCGGGUUUACACUGUAAUCGUUGUUAAUUGCACAUUCGCUGUAAAUCCCAACUCAGAUAAUGCAGGUGGGAAGCUUAUACUCUACGCGUAUUAUACUGAAUCGCCGAAACGCUAUGAAAAGAUAACAGCUUUGGAAGAAACGCCAGGGUCGUAUGAAGAAUCCAGGUUUAAUCCUCCUUAUCAGUACGAAUAUCUUUACUGUGGAUCAUCUCUGUACGGGAAUUUAAAUGCGGCGAGGAUGAGAGAAUGGAUGGCUUAUCAUGCCUGGUUCUUUGGGCCGAAAUCACAUUUCGUUUUUCACGACGCCGGCGGGAUAUCGCCGGAAGUUAGUAAAGUGCUGGAGCCGUGGAUAAAAGCGGGGAGAUUGACAGUGCAGGAUAUUAAGAACCAGGCUGAGUAUGACGGCUACUAUUAUAAUCAGUUUCUUAUUGUGAAUGAUUGUCUUCAUCGUUACCGGCACGCUGCAAAUUGGACGUUUUACUUCGACGUCGAUGAAUAUAUCUAUCUUCCUGAUAAGAACACUACUCUUGAAUCAGUUCUUAAUGAAUUCUCAAACAAUACCCAAAUCACGAUUGAGCAAAACGCCAUGUCUAGUAUGCUCUGUUUGAACGAUUCUAAUCACGAUAACUCAAGGGAUUGGGGAUUCGAGAAGUUGAUGUUUAGAGAUCAAAGAACGAAGAUAAGGAGAGACAGGAAAUACGCGAUUCAAGCGAAGAAUGCUUUCGCGACAGGCGUACACAUGUCGGAAAAUGUGGUCGGCGGGACUCUUCAUCAAACGGAAUCGAAAAUCCGGUACUACCAUUACCAUAAUUCCAUCACUAUGCAUGAAGAACUCUGUCGUAAAUGGGUUCCAUUAGCCGACAAGAAAAACGUCACUUGGUUCGAUAACAUCCCGUACGUUUACGAUGACAAUUUGAAGAAACUGGGCCCGAUCAUAAGAGAGUUCGAGCGAAAUUACUUUAAUCAGAGUUCGCCGGCGACGGCGGCGGCGACGGCGGUGUCGCAACAUUAGCCUACCUACUAGUAGGAGGACAAAAGACGUAUAGGACAACGAACGAGAAUAAACUAGAAAAAUAAAUUAUUUUACAGCAAAAACAGAACGUAAGACCUUCCCCAUUUUCACAUUUAUUAUAUUAUAUUAUAUAGUUUAGUUUAUUUUGAAUUAUUUUCCACUUAUUAAAAAAGUAGGUAAUUUGGUAAUUAUUGAAGCCCUGAAAAAUGGGGGAUUGCUUCACCGACACAAGAACAGAACGGGGAUGGAUGAGGUGUAAAACGGUGACAGCUCAUGGGUGGUGUAGGCGUUGAAAAGGCCACGUGUUGCCGGCGAAAUUGCAGCUGGCAUCCACGUGGCAAUGUCUUAUUUACUAGGUUUACGUGUGUUUGUUAUUGUUAUUAUUGUACAUAAAAGGACCGUUAUUAUUGGAUCAGCCAGCUUAUUUAUAUAUAUUUUAUCUUCCAGAA